GACUACCAAUGGGGAAAUCAAGUUGCAACCACUGCGUUAGAUGAGAGCGCAGGCAGGACAUCCGAACUUCUCAACUUGCCUGACAAGGAAACGGAAUACAUGGACCAGGAGGAAGGAAGGAACGAACGACACAAACUGUCUUUUAGCUUGCUUCACCAACAUGACAUAACCAACAUAUGCACAUUUGUGGUGAAUUGUGCUACCUAGUUAGCUAGCGUGCUAACUUUCUAGCUAACUAAUUCAUUGCCACAUUACAAGCUAGCUAGGCUAGCCAGAUUCGUUUACGAUCAUUAACGCACACACGGCAGCUAGCUGACGUUACUGUCUGAAAAGGCUGCUACGUCAACAUCACACGGGAAAACGUGCGGUAUUUACUAACAUUUCGCUCGCUCAGUUACGCAUUCUGUCGUUAAUAACUAGAUGAAUUAGCUAGCUAGUCCCGACAGCUAUCGUUAGCUAGCUACGUAUUGCAUGCCAUGGCAUUAGUUUUGUUUGUAAACGUUCGCCUGGUUACAUACUGUUGGUUGUGACAGUGCCAAAGAAAUAGAUGUAUUUUUGAGAGAAUCAUGGCUAAAAUAGAGAAUGGUCGCCAGUCGGCCGACUCGAGAAGAAUCAGGACCAUUAGUAGCAAUCAUAUGGACGACGAGAGCUCCCUUGGCUCAGACUCCGAGAUCAACGGCUUUACCAACGACAGGCACACUGAUAAAUAUGGAUUUAUUGGAGGGGCGCAACAGUAUUCAGAAGAAUCGGCUCAGGAUGUCCCUCCAGAGGUGCUGAGGCAGCGAGAGGUCAAAUGGCUAGACAUGCUGAGCAACUGGGACAAAUGGAUGGUCAAGAGACACAAAAAGGUGAGACUGCGGUGCCAGAAAGGAAUCCCUCCCUCACUGCGAGGCCGUGCUUGGCUCUACCUGUCAGGAGGAAAAGUGAAGAGGGAACAGAACCGGGGGAAGUUCGAGGAGCUGGACAGUCAGGCUGGAGACCCAAAAGAGCUGGAUGUGAUUGAGAAAGACCUGCACAGACAGUUCCCCUUCCAUGAGAUGUUUGUAUCACGAGGCGGCCACGGACAGCAGGACCUGUUCCGUGUUCUGAAGGCCUACACGCUGUACAGGCCAGAGGAGGGCUACUGUCAAGCCCAGGCCCCCAUUGCUGCUGUGCUGCUCAUGCACAUGCCUGCUGAGGAUGCAUUCUGGGGGCUGGUCCAAAUUUGUGAGAAGUACCUCCCAGGAUACUACAGUGCAGGGCUGGAGGCCAUCCAGUUAGAUGGAGAGAUCCUGUAUGCUUUGACGCGGCGUGUCUCCCCCCUAACCUACCGCCACCUGGAGAAACAUAAAAUAGAGGCCAUCCUCUACAUGACAGAGUGGUUCAUGUGUGCCUUUUCCCGCACCCUGCCCUGGGCCUCAGUACUCCGUGUCUGGGACAUGUUCCUCUGUGACGGUGUGAAGAUAAUUUUCCGGGUGGGCCUGGUGCUGCUGAAGUGCAUGCUGGGUACUCGUGAGAAGCUGAAGGCGUGUCAGGGCCAGUAUGAGACCAUGGAGCUGCUGAGGGCCAUAGAGCCACGCUACAUGCAGGAGGGCUUCCUCGUCCGGGAGGUUCUGGAUGUGCCUGUGUCAGAGCGGGACAUUGAGAGCGAGCACCAUGUUCAGCUGAAGCGCUGGAGGAAGAACCAUGGUGAGCUCCACUGGAAGUCCCCUCCCAGAAUGCACGGUGCCAGGGCUAUCAUGGCCUCGGAGCCUCCCAGUCACCAGGACCUUCGUCAGAACCCCACCAUCAUCGUCGAGUCGCCCCUGCCUCCCCCUCAGCCCACCCCUCAGCUGCAGAAGGGAGAGAAGAAGGGCAAAGAGGAGAAGAAGAAAGGAAGUAUGAAGAAAACCCAUCCUCCUGUCACGGAGAUCCCCAACCCUUAUAAUUUACCUGGUGACCCUAAGCUUCCACUCAGAGAUCCUCAGCUUCCACUCAGAGAUCCUCAGCUUACUCUGAGAGACUCACCAGUACAGAAGCCCCUCGUCAAUGACACACCCCUCCCAAACACACCUAAAGACUCUCACCUGCCCCAACAACCAGCUCUUAAUGACCAACCAGCCCUCAACGACCAACCAGUCUUUAACGACCAGUCUCUUCUCAAAGAGUCGCCCCUCCAGAAGUCCAGACAGAGCCUGAGUAGCACAGAGGCAGAUCAUCAGGACACAUACCUGUAGCUCUCGCUGUGGGCAGAAGGUGGAACUGCAUGUGUGAAACUGGGCAUGAUGGUGAGUGAGUGAGAGAGGAACUGGAACAACCCCUGUUUUAUCCUGGACAGUUCUCAUUCACUCGCUCCUCGCAUGCCCUCUGCAUGCCCUCUGCAUGCCAACCAAGCCCUCUGUCUCUUUAUCAGGCACUAGCACAGCUCAGCCAUAUACCAGCAACUGGGUGUACCAUGGCCAAUGUCACUGCAGCCCAACCAGGGGCGACAAUUGUAUAUUUUUCAUAUGAUUUUUAUUCUGCUUGCUUUUAAGACAGCGUAUUGCCUAGAGCAAGCACACAGUCAGCAGCAUACACUAAUGCAUCACUGCCAAGUGUUUAUAAUACUUUCAUCCUUAUGUUACCUCUUCAUACUUUUUCACUCUGACUGUUAGUGAUGUGCAAGGGAGACAUGUUAGUGAUUUAUUGGUUGUGUAGUUGUAUACAUAAAACAAUCAUCACCUAAUAGACUAUCUGAUUCUAGGGUUUAACAAGAGACUUGAAACUGCCUUCAUUUGCACAAAGUGGGAGUAUUUAAAAAAAAAAAAAAAUCUCCCAACCACCUGUGGUUUGUAGGAAAUAGGAAUUGGAAAUAUCAACUUUUUUUGAACUAAGCUAUUGAUACUUUUUUAAUUUAAUGUAAACCCUUGCCAUUUCAUUUUGAAUAAUGCUUAAGAAAGAGCUGGGUAAAUAUUGUUUCAAGUCAGGUUGGUUGAGUCAAGUCCCAGUUGGCCUUAUCGAUAAGUAAAGAGCUUCCAUCCUUCACCACCAGAGAGCAGUCUUGGUGUGUUUUCCUGUACAUUCUGUUAUUCCAGCUGCUAACUUCCCCUUCCUAAAAAGGAACUCCGAGCACUCUAGUCUCGAAUUUACACUCAUUACGUGUCAAUUCCAUACUUUCAAAGGAACUUGCAAGCUUGUUUUACUCUACAGUAAAAGGUGACAUAUGACAUGUGCCUUGUACAACGUGUGUGUAUAAAUCUUCUAUUGUCCCUGCCAGGUGGUAAUGGGCCUGAUCUCUUGAGACCAGACACAUCCUCAGUGCCAGGCAAUUCCAGUUACUAUGUAGCGUUUAACUCAUCUAAGGUAUGCAAGAAGGAGAGAGGACUGGACAUUCCUCACAAUAAUUUGACACAUUCCUGCCCUUGGGUUUCUUAAAAGCCAAUAUGUCUUGUGGCCAACAUGCUUAGUCUUCUAUGAAUCAUGUAUGUAUAGUAUUCAUGCAUGUUCAUAUUUAAACAUUUUGGGGGCGUGUGAGUGCCAUAGCAGUUAGCUGGAUCGUUCCACCAAUUCGGUGCCUUUUGAAAGUGUAACUUGGUCAACCUAAUUUCAUCUCACCUAAUUUUAACAUGGUCAUAAAAAGCACUUUUUCUUUUUUUACACUUUACCCUAUCGAGGUUAAAUAAUAAUUUAAAAAAAGACUAAGUGCCAAAUAAACUAACAGGGUUGACUGUAACAGGGUUGCUGAUUUAAUCUUAAAUCCCCUUGUGAAUCUUCAAAAUUACUUUGUCAAAGCAACAAAAUAACUUUACAAUGAUGGUGAAAAUUUUGAGAAAUGUUUGGGUUAAGUGGGUUAAAAUCUUCCUAGAAGUCAAACGGUGCAAGUCAAAAUGCUGAAUUUAUUUAAUUAUCUAUGUGGUCUUUAUUAAAGGGCACGUCAUUUAAUAUAACACGAUGUUAAAAUUCAAUAUUGGUGCACAAUUUCUAUUUAAAUAUCAAAGGGACGCAAAAGGCACUCUGUUUGUGGAACGGCCCAGCUGUAUAGUGCUAACCUCUGCUCCACUGCACAAGUGCUGGGUGAUGUGGACCUUGCAGGCUAGAUGCACUAUAUAUACAAAAGUAUGUGGACACCCCUUCAAAUUAGUGGAUUCGGACAUUUCAACCACAUCCGUUGCUGACAGGUGUAUAAAAUCGAGCACACCGCCAUGCAAUCUCGAAAGACAAACAUUGGCAGCAGAAUGGCCUUACUGAAGAGCUCAGUGACUUUCAAUAUGGCGCCGUCAUGCGAUGCCACCUUUACAACAAGUCAGUUGGUCAAAUUUCUGCCCUGCUAGAGCUGCCCUGGUCAACUGUAAGUGCUGUUAUUGUGAAGUGGAAACGUCUAGGAGCAACAACUGCUCAGCCGUGAAGUGGUAGGCCACACAAGCUCACAGAACGGGACCGCUAAAGCACAUGGCGCGUAAAAAUCGUCUGUCCUCCGUUGCAACACUCACUACUGAGUUCCAAACUACCUCUGGAAGCAACGCCAACACAAGAAUGAUUCGUCGGGAUCUUCAUGAAAUGGGUUUCCAUGGCCGAGCAGCUGCACACAAGCCUAAGAUCACCAUUCUCAAUGCCAAGCUUCGGCUGGAGUGGUGUAAAGCUCGCCGCCAUUAGACCCUGGAGCAGUGGAAACACAUUCUCUGGCGUGAUGAAUCACGCUUCACCAUCUGGCAGUCACAGACGAAUCUGGGUUUGGCGGAUGCCAGGAGAACGCUACCUACCCCAAUGCGUACUGCCAACUGUAAAGUUUGGUGGAGGAGAAAUAAUGGUCUGGUGCUGUUUUCAUGGUUGGGACUAGGCCCCUUAGUUCCAGUUAAGGGAAAUCUUAACGGAACAUUCUCGACAAUUUUUUGCUUCCAACUUUGUGGCAACAGUUUGGGGACGGCUUCCUGUUUCAGAAUAACAGUGCCCCCAUGCACAAAGUGAAGUCCAUACAGAAAUGGUUUGUUGAGAUCGGUGUGGAAGAACUUGACUGACCUGUACAGAGCUCUGAUCUCAACCCCAUCGAACACCUUUGAGAUUAAUUGGAACGCCGACUGCGAGCCAGGCCUAAUCGCCCAACAUCAGUGCCCGACCUCACUUAUGCUCUUGUGGCAGAAUGGAAGCAAGUCCCUGCAGCAAUGUUCCAACAUCUAGUGGAAAGCCUUCCCAGAAGAGUGGAGGCUGUUAUAGUAGCAAAGGGGGACCAACUCCAUAUUCAUGCCCAUGAUUUUGGAAUUAAAUGUUCGAUCAGGUGUCCACAUACUUUUGGUCAUGUAGUGUGGCUCUGUAAAGACAUGGAUCAGCUUAUUGCUACACUGAGUGACAGGUCCAGAUAUAUGGUGAUCAAAACCAAAUAACAAUGUGAUAAGGAUCAUCGGAUUGAUCCAUUGCCUGUUACUAUGGAUGCUUAGCCUUACUUGUUGCAUACCGGCGAGGGAUUACUUUUGGGAUAUCUUGGAGUUUUCAUCUUUUGGGAUAACGUUGAAGCCUUUCCAUUUAAAAAUGGUUCAUUCAUUUGGGGAGAUCAUGAGGCCUGUUGGGAUAAAGACCAGGCCUUUGCUUUGGGAAAAUAAUGGACAGUCUGUUGACCACAGCCUUUUUGGGGAUUCAAGUUUAGAGGGAACUCAAGGUUUGCAGUCAGAGGUGUCAAAGGAUUUGAACUAUUCUGUUGUAGGCACUAUAGGAAAUGAUUCAGUAGAGAUUAAGAUGUAAUCGAUGCACAACACUUAUUAUUGCUAUAAUAUAUAAUUCCACUGAAUGCUGCACGUUUGUUGUACAGGUCACCUCUAAGACCUCACUUAAAAGCAAUAAAAGGUGAAUGGAGGUCAAGUAAACAACAACAACAUAUUUUAUUUAUUAUUUAACCUGGCAAGACCGUUAAGAACUAAUUCUUAUUUACAAUGACGGCUUAGCCCGGACAACGCUGGGCCAAUUGUGCUCUGCCGUAUGGGACUCCCAAUCACGGCUGGUUGUGAUACAGCCUAGAAUCGAACCAGGGUCUGUAGUGAGGCCUCUAGCACUGAGAUACAGUGCUUAGAACGAUGCGCCACUCGGGAGCCACAUAGCCCUUCUCCACCCAAGUGUAUAGUGGCCUGUAUCACUUAUUUCCCAUUUUGCAGCUAUUCUAGAUUAAUUUAAUGCUUAAAAUAUGUAUAUAAGACUAAUUUGUAAAAUGUCAUUUUGUAAUGAAAUAUUGUAUUUUUUUUGUGUGUACACCUGUAUUUGAUGAUCAAAAUCCACCAUUUGCCAUAAAUCAUGGUAGAAACUGAAUCUGUUUUAGCUAGAUAAUUUUGACACUAACUUUACAGUUUAAAAAGCAAACACAUGCAAUCCUUUCUUCCCUAGAAAUAUCCAUGUCUUCUCAGCACAAUGGUUUUAAUUUUCUUUAUUCAGAGAGGCCUUUGGUAUUUCUAUGUCAACUAUCAACAAAUAUGUAUUUAUCUCAGAAGAUUUCAUAUUGUCAUUUUUGUUUUUACAAAUAAAAUCACUUUGAUCAACAACA